CACAAAGCUAUCGUAUAAAACCCGUUGCUGGGUACAAGAUUCACAUCCCAUUGCGAAGGUACUAGGUCGCGAAUCGAUCUUUUGGAUUCACAGCCAGAAACUCGGCCCUGUUUUAUAUUUAACAAUAAUUUCACAGCCAGAAGUUCGCUGCCAAAGAUUUGUUAUUUGAGAAGCAUUUUGGGUAGAGGUGGUUCUGUAUUCUUGUAGCCAUGUCUGUGACAGCAGGGGUUAGUGAUACAAUAAUUGCGAUUAGGGAUAAGCUUAAGGGUAAAAUUGGCCAGACAAAAGUGAAGAGGUACUGGCCGGGAAAAGCACCAGAGUGGGCAGAUGAUAAUGAUGAAGAUGGGGACAUUAGGAUGGCAAGGGUGGCUGAGCUCGAGAAAGCAUUCCCAAUUUUUGAGGAGACUGAUUUUAUGCGAAAGGAUGAUCCUAGAUUGCGUCGAUUGGCUGAGAGUAGGAUUGAUAAUCGUGAGGAGGUGAGGGAAGAUCAUAGACGCAUUAGGCAGGCAGAGAUUGUUUCGACCAUAGAGGAGGAAAGGAGGAGGGAAGAAGGAUUAGAUUUGGAGGAUGAGGAUGAGGAUGCUUUGGAGGAGCGAAGAAGAAGGAUUAGGGAGAAAUUGUUGCAAAGGCAACAAGAGGAGGCAGCACUAAUGCCAGAAGAAGAAGAGGAGGAAGUUGAGGAAGAGGAGGAGGAGGAGGAGUCUGAGUACGAGACUGAUUCUGAAGAAGAAACAACAGGCAUUGCGAUGGUGAAACCAGUUUUUGUUCCAAAAUCUGAGAGAGAUACAAUUGCUGAACGUGAGAGGCUCGAGGCAGAAGAGAGGGCACUCGAGGAAGCUGUGAAAAGGAGGAUGGAAGAGAGGAGAGUGGAGACUAAGCAAAUUGUGGUUGAAAAAAUUCGGGAGGACCAGGAAAUUCAGAGGAAUAUGGAGUCGGAGGCAAAUAUUGCUGACGUGGAUACCGAUGAUGAUGUGAAUGAGGCGGAGGAAUACGAGGCUUGGAAGGCUAGAGAGAUUGCAAGGAUUAAGAGGGAUAGAGAUGACAGAGAGUCUAUGUUGAAGGAGAAGGAGGAGAUUGAGAGGGUGAGAAACAUGACAGAGGAAGAGAGGAGGGAGUGGGAGAGGAAGAAUCCCAAGCCUACUGGACAAUCCAAGCAAAAGUGGAGGUUCAUGCAGAAAUACUACCAUAAGGGUGCUUUCUUCCAGACAAAUCCUGAUGAUCAUGCUGGAACUGCCAAAGCAGAUAAUAUUUACACACGUGAUUUCUCUGAUCCAACCGGAGAGGAUAAGAUGGACAAGACCAUAUUGCCCAAGGUCAUGCAGGUUAAGCACUUUGGUCGUAGUGGAAGAACAAAAUGGACUCAUCUUGUCAAUGAGGACACAACUGAUUGGAAUAACCCAUGGACCUACAACGAUGCUCUUCGGGCCAAGUACAAUGCAAAAAUGGCUGGAAUGAGUGCACCCAUAGCGAAACCUAAAGGAAGCAAGAAACUGAAGGAUUGGGAGACGCGUUGAACUUUCUGACUUCCAAAGGGUCUAGCUAAUGCAGAACAGGCAUUAUCAGAAGAAUUCCAGUUUUUCAUUUCCAGUUUAGACUUAUGCCUGUUAUUUGCAUUUAUGCAACUCUAGUUCGGGUAUAGUACAAUGCUAAAUUUUUAUGUAUGCGAUAGUGGAGAUACUAUUUUAGCCGAUGAGCUCCAUGUUGAUGUCCUCCAUUUGAUAGAUAUACUUUCUCAACGAGCAUAUUGUGUAUUUGUUUGACUGGCUUGCUGCUAAUGUUUAUUGAAUGAUGUUAUGAUUGGCAAUGUGGAUUACAACUA